AUGGACGCGCAAUGCACGAGCGGAAGGCCACUUCACGCCACCGUUGCAUUUGGCCACAAAGACGUUGUACGGAUCUUUCUCGAGCAUGAUCCUAAACCCAGUAUGGAUGACACACCCCCAGGUCAGAACACCCUCUUGAUUCGUGCCAUAUGUACUGGGGACAUCGAUUUAGCAUCCUUGUUGAUCGAGCACGGCGCAAAGAUUGAUUACGUUGAUCCGAAAGGCGAAUACGCAAAAACACCGCUUUCUAGGGCUUGCCUGGAAAAUCGUAUAGACAUGGUCAAGCUUCUCCUCAACAGUAAGGCUGAUAUCAACUACACAGGCGGACAAUCUGACCAUCCUCUGUUUGCUGCUCUGUAUUAUAUAGCACCGUAUGUGGCGAAAUAUCUCUUGAAGGAGACGGACCCUGACGUGAUGUGGACAGCGUCUGAUGGGAUGGGUAUGCUCCACGGAGGAUAUUACCAGCAUGAUGUCUUGUCCGAUCUGCUUAGGAAAGGCGCUCCUAUUGAUGGCACAAGUAUAUGGGGAACGGUUUUGCACAUAGCGGCGCGUAAUGGCCGCCCAGACAGUAUCAAGACCCUCGUCGACAACGACCCCAAGCCUAACCUGGAGGCUGUGGUUGGAGAGAAUUCGGCAAACUCACAUGAAAUUAGGUACACGGCUCUGCAGCUGGCUUGCACAAAGAGCUCUUUUGAAUGCAUCAAGCUCCUUCUCGAGGCUGGCGCUAACCCUCAUAUAAAGAACAAAGAAAACGAGGACCUUGUCAGUAUCUUACUCCGGGCGGAGCCAGGCUCAGAAGAUUGCGAGAAGGCUCUGAAGUUGCUACUUUCUACGCCAUAUGGCCUCAAGGUGGACUCAAACCGAUGA